AUGACCCUGGCCAUCAGUCACAUGAUCAUGACCCUGGCCAUCAGUCACAUGAUCAUGAUCCUGGCAGACUCUGUGUUGUUCUCGUUGCAUACCGAGGCACCGAAAAACCUCCUGCUCUUUCUUGUAUAUAAGCUGGAGGCAACUUCCAAUGUUGCAGUGGCUCUGGAGCUGGGGACACGAGAUGCCCCAUCUUGCAAUGUAGAGAGCAUCACGGGGCUAAGUGAGCAGGUGGACGUACGCAAACUACAGCAUCUAUCUGAGGCUCCGGCCCAAUUUGGAGAUCCCCAAAACAACAAGCAUGGGUGGGAGCAAAGGUUUUAUGCUGUGGAGCUCAGCGGCUGUUUUCUCACCGGUCUGUCCGUCCGUCUGUCCCACGUGGCACCUGAUAAGCAGGACGAGACCUUCAUAUGUCGCAUUGGAGAGAUCAGGGUCCUGGAUGUCUCUGUGCCGCCGUCCCUUCCCCCGCAGCCCUCCGAUAUCUCACUCUCCCACCUUCGUUGGAACCGGAAUUCGCAGACGGAUCAGCUGUUUGUAAGCUUGACCCUCCAUUGGACUCACCCCUCAGGCAGCGCCCGUCAUUUCAGAAUAUAUUGCCGCGGGGUCACCUGCCUGCGCGCACCCGCCUCUCGAGCUCACCUCUUGGGCUUGACUCACGCUUGUGUCUAUCGCGUGGUAGACCUGGCCGUGCCCAACCCCUGUCCUCCUGCCCCGGGACGACUGGAGUUUGCCAUCCAACCGGUUAGUAAAGAUGGACUUGAAACGUUACCGCUGGAAUGGGGGCAUCUGGUUCUUGAAUACGUAGAGCAGACUCACACUGAGGUUUGACCCGGAGAAUAUAUGCCAAAGGCAAUCGACGCUCCAAACCUGCUGCAU